GAUGGAAUCUCCGAACGCUUGAUCUCCGAUACAUAAUGAAAGCGUCGGAGAAACAAUGUCAUCCUGACGUUUACUCGGUAGCUUCGUUGAUGCACCCGAGAACAUGGAUGCUGAUGACCAUGGGAGCCUCGAGUCUGAAGCUAAGCGACGGAGACUCCGGAAAGGAACCCACAGUUGCUGGGCAUGCAAACGGAGGAAAGUCCGGUGCACUUUUGCAUCGUCGACAGAGGCAACGUGCAUAAUUUGUCGCCGGCGAGGUACCAAGUGCAUCAGUCAGGGGCUUCCUGAAGACCUCAGUCAAAUAGAGGAUACUUCUAGUCGUAUUGUGCGCGUUGAAGCACUAUUAAACCAGCUUGUCAAGGAAGUCGACCAUAGCAGCGCCGCAAAAGAGCAAUAUGGGGCUCAAUCAAGGUCUAAAGAUCGCGGAGGACCUCAAUCUGCAGGUUCCACGCCUGCAGUUUCUACGCCUGGUAGUAGGUCUGAACAAACGACGUUCAUCCCUUUGCAUCACGGACCUACGCAGGAAAGGUUCCAAAGGGGAAGCGAAAAUGGAGAUACAAGUGCAUAUCAUUUAACGCCAGAAUUUCACACACCAUAUACGCUCUCGCCUGCCAAAGUUGUCCCACCUAAUGCAGGCAAAUAUGAGAAGUUCUCGCGAGCCCUUCUUGCAGGAUUUCCCUCCCAAGAAGACCUUGAUAUCCUUGUCAAGGCGGGAAGCGGAAUUACAGUGUUUUGCCACCAAGUCAACGUUAAACUACGCAGCCAACUGGUUCGCGAAGGACUUCAGGACGAGACUAAGAUAAUAGAGGUCCAGAACCUUCAAACCCAUCCGGUCCUGUUAGCAAAACAAAUGCUCAUGUUUUCUUCAAUGUUGCUGCAUCUUCCGCCCAAUGAGAAUAUACCCGGUUUAUCUGAACACCAUCGCGUCAUCAUGGAAAGGCUUGCAGAUACAGCGAUCAGUGAGGUGACUACCUGCGAAGAACUUUUAGGGACUAUGGAGAGCCUGGAAUGCAUCGUACUUGAGGCAUUCUACCACCUAAAUUGCGGGAACAUGCGGAGAUCCUUGCUUGCAUUUAGAAGGGCCGUGGUAGCUGGGCAAUUUAUGGGCAUGAAUCGCCCAAACAACCUUCCAGUGGAGUUUCUUGAUCCCAGUACAAAUAUUGAUCCACAAGUUAUAUGGUUCCGAAUUGUCUAUAUGGACCGCUUUCUCUCUCUGAUGCUCGGUCUCCCUCAAGGCCACAGUGAUACCAGCAUCAGUUCCGAAACAGCACUGGAGAGAGGCGAGCCAAGUGAGCGCUUGGAACGCCUCCACACCAUGAUCUUUUCAAGAAUGCUUGAACACAACAAUCUCGGCUUAUCCCAGUCCGCAAUCGAAAUGACUCACGAAAUCAACGCGGACUUACUAAAGGCUGCCGAAGGCAUGCCGGCCAGGUUCUGGGGACCACCAAAUUUUGCUGGUUUGGAGAAGGACUCACAAGAAGCGUUGUGGGAGAGUAUGCGGGUCAAAGACCAGAUUUUCCACUACACUAUGCUAAACCAGCUUCAUCUACCAUUUUUAUUGAGCUCUGGCGCCGAGCGCAAGAACGAAUAUGCCAAGAUCACCUGCGUCAACUCCAGCCGUGAGAUCUUAACGCAAUUUGUUGCAUUCCGUGCCUUCAAUCGUAUCUCGGCCUCCUGUCGUCUGGCUGAUUUCCUUGCCCUGAUAGCUGGCAUGACUCUAAUUAUCGCGCAUCUCUACAGCCAUCGCGAGAAAGAGACAGAUAAUCUCUUGGCCCAUCAGCGGUUAGGGGAUCGUGCCACAAUGGAGCAGGCGCUAGAGAGCAUGGAAGAGAGUUCCAAUAUAAACGAAGACAAAUUGGCGGCUAGCUGCGCGCGUUUACUACAACAUUUGCUGCAUAUCGAGGCAGACGCAGCCCAGGGGCAUAAUUAUAGUGUGAAAAAAGCCCAGUUGUCCGAUGGCGGCCAUGGGGAUGGACCUAACGUGCUGCUUAUCACCGUACCGUACUUUGGCACCAUCAGGUUUACCCGCGAUGGCAUAAGAGUGGUGGAAGUAGCCAAGGUAUCGGCUCGUCAUAUGCAAGAACAUAGAGAGCAUGUCACUAUCGGGGGCAUCGGGUCAGUCCAGGUUGCCAACCAGAUACCAACAAAUGAUUAUGGGCGGCUAUCCGGUAAUUCUCGGGAGUACCUUGUUGAUUAUGUGGACUCUGGCAGUCUUUCGUCUCCGUCGCAGGAGCGGGUGGCACAGCCGCCUGCUGGAGAGCUAUACACUGACCUUGACGCUGCACAGGCUAAUAGUGUCAUUAUCGGAGAUGAUUUCAUGCAAGAGCAAGAGCUAUACCCUGGUGUUGCCGCAGGACAGGCUGACUGGGUCUUCCAAGGUUUCGAUACCACGUUUUUUGACAACUUAAUGGGAGGGGAAAGUCUUCAGUUUGGUGACGGAGGCUUAUCGUCCAACUAGGGCCAAGAUUAGAGUAGUGAUCUAGGUAGAUCAUAAGAGAUAUUGUCAGAGACAGAGGUGAGGGAUAAGGCUUUAUAAAUAGUGCUACGAUGCG